UCCACCUUUCACUGACGUUUGGGGGCCAUCCUGUUGCAUUGGCAACGAGUGUUGCUACCGCUUGGAUUCUUCAGCGGCCAUGGAUUCUUCCUUCCUGCAGGCUUUAAUUAAUUACUACUGUCAGGAAGGCUAUUUUCGCCAUGUUCAGACUAUCGCCAAUGAAGGCUUGAAGACAUUUGCCAAUGACCCAGUGUUUCUUUUCUACCAUGCUUAUGGUAUUUUGAUGGAAGGGCACGUCCAAGAAGCUCUUCUCAGUCUUGAAUCCAUUAAAAACAAACAAGAAGUAUGCCUGUGCACACUGAUGGCAAUGAUCUAUGCCCAUAAAAAAAGAUCAAAUCCAGAUCGGGAAGUUAUUAUGGAUUUGGAUGCCAAGUUGAAGGAACACCGAAAGACAGCAGGACAGGAGGCGUUAUAUUUUGCAGGACUGUUCUUGUGGCAUAUUGGCCGCUAUGAGAAAGCCCGCGAAUACAUCGACAGAAUGAUCAAGAUCUCAAAUGGCAGUAAAGAGGGGUGGAUUCUAAAAGGGUGGCUUGAUGUGACUAGCGGGAAAGAAGCAAGCAUCAAAAAAGCUGGGAAAUGUUUUGAUGAAGGGCUCCAAAAUGAGAAUGAUAUUUUUGGCCUGAUGGGUAAAGCCCAAUAUUUUGAAGUGCGUCAGAAUUAUUCAGAAGCUUUGGAAACUGUGAAUCAAAUAAUUGCGAAUUUCCCACGCUUCCUUCCGGCAUUUAUAAAAAAGAUGAAGUUACAGCUGGCUUUGCAGGAUUGGGAGCAGUCAGUUGAGACUGCCCAGAGGUUGUUGCAGAAAGAUGCUCUCAACCUCGAUGCCUUAAAAAUGGAGGCUGUUCACUAUUUGUGCAGGGAAGGAAACAUACCUGAGGCUUCCUCCAGGCUGAAAGAUCUGAUUAGUGCUUUAGAUCAGUUGGAACCACAGAAUCCUCUGCUUUUCUGUAAAAUUGCCUUGGUGUUUAGCAGAACGUGUGGCCGCAAUCCACACAUCCUGCAGCUGACCCAGAUGUUGGUGGACAGAGCUUUCAGCUUAGCUCCUCAGAAUGCAGACAUUGCUACAGAGCAGGGCUAUCAGAUGCUUUUCCAAGGAAAAAUAAAGGAAGCUGUGAAAUGCUACAAAACUGCUAUGGCUCUUGAUGAGACAAGUGUUCCUGCACUAACAGGAAUUAUCCGAAGCCAGUUAAUGGAAGGGAAGUUAGAUGAUGUAGAGCAGCAGUUGGAGUUCCUGAAAGAAGUUCAGCAGUCUAUUGGAAUAUCAGCCGAGCUGUCUUAUCUACGUGCAGUAUUGGCUAUGAAGAAAAAUAAAAGACAAGAAGAAGUUAUUACUUUGUUGAAUGAUGUACUCGAUGCCCAUUUUUCUUCUCUCCAAGGUUUACCUCUUGGUAUAGAAUAUUUUGAAAAAUUAAACCCAGAUUUUUUGAUAGAAAUUAUUAAGGAGUAUCUUAAUUUUUGCCCAAGUCAGCCUGCAGGUGCAGGGCAGCCUCCUUCACCACUUCUGAGGCCUUGCACAUCUGUCCUUGAAACAGUGAUGAAAACAGUCCCUGGUCUUUUACAAGCUACCUACUUGAUUGCAAAAGUGAAAUAUUUAUCAGGCAACUAUGAAGCCUCUGAGAGGAUCUUACAACACUGUCUGGAGCAGAAUCCUUCCUAUGCAGAGGCUCAUCUCCUCAUGGCUCAAGUCCAUCUGCUGCAAAACAACUUCCAACUCUGUGCUCAGUCCCUGGAGCUCUGUCUAAGUUACAACUUUCAGAUUAGGGAACAUCCUAUGUACCACUUAGUAAAAGCUCAAGCCCAGAUAAAGAUGGGUGAGAUAGCAGAAGCCAUCAAAACCUUGCAGAUGGCAAUGAAUUUGCCAGGGAUGAGAACAAGUACACCAUCCUCUAAAUCGAGAACAAUUGAAAUUGAUGGACACGAUCGUCUGUCUCUCUACCUGGAGCUGGUAGAGGCUCAUCGUCUGAAUGGUGAACAGCAUGAAGCUAUUAAAAUCCUACAAGAUGCUAUCAAUGAAUUUUCUGGUACAUCUGAAGAACUGAGGGUCAUGAUUACUAAUGCAGACUUAGCUCUUAUGCAAGGAGAUGUUGAAGCAGCUUUAACUAUGUUCAGAAAUAUAACACCAGAGCAGACUUAUUUUGUUCAAGCUAAAGAAAAGAUGGCAGAGAUCUAUCUGAAGUACAGGAGAGACAAGAAGCUGUAUGCAAGCUGUUAUAGAGACCUGGUGGAAAAAAUGCCAAGUUCCCACACCUUUCUUCUCCUUGGUGAUGCAUACAUGAAUAUCCAGGAGCCUGAAGAAGCCAUAGAGGCUUAUGAACAGUCUUUAAAGAAAAAUCCUAGAGAUGGAGCCUUGGCUCGUAAAAUUGGGAAUGCUCUAGUCAAGACUCACAAUUAUUCAAAGGCAAUCAGUUACUACGAAGCUGCUCUGAAAACUGGACAGCAGAACAUCCUCUGUUAUGACUUGGCUGAGCUACUGUUACAGUUGAGCCAGCAUGACAAAGCAGAAAAAGUUCUUCGGCAAGCCUUAGAUCACGAACCUGUCAAUGAUUUGUCUUCUCUGAUGGACGAUAUCCGUUACCUGGUUCUUCUUGCAAAGAUUUACAGCAAAAUGGAGAGAACUGAGGAUGCUGUUUUUUCAUUGCAACAAGCUCGGGAGAUGCAAGCCAAAGUAUUGAAGCGGAUUCAGAUUGAGCAGCCGGAUGCUGUUCCUUUGCAGAAGCAACUGGCAGCCGAAAUUUGUGCAGAGAUAGCAAAGCAUUCGGCAACCCAGCGGAACUACGAGAAAGCCAUUACAUUUUACAAAGAAGCUCUUGCGCAUUGUGAGACCAACAACAAGGUGAUGCUGGAACUUGCCCGUUUAUAUCUUGCGUUGGAUGAAGUGGAUGCAUGCCAGUACCAAUGUGCUGCCUUGCUAAAAAAUGAUCGAGACAAUGCAGCAGCCACUACGAUGAUGGCUGACCUCAUGUUCAAGAAACAGGACUACGAGCAGGCUGUGUUUCAUUUCCAGCAGCUUUUGGAUCGCCAUCCCGACGAUUAUACUACACUCUCUCGUUUAAUUGAUCUGUUAAGAAGAGCUGGAAAAUUAGAGGAAGUUCCAAGAUUCCUUGCAAUGGCUGAGAAACAUUCUCCAAGGACAAAACUUGAUUCGGGUUUUCAUUAUUGCAAAGGAUUGUAUUUGUGGUACACUGGUGAACCAAAUGAUGCCCUUCGACAUUUUAACAAAGCAAGAAAGGAUAAUGACUGGGGACAAAAUGCAGUGUAUAAUAUGAUUGAAAUUUGCUUAAAUCCUGACAAUGAAACGAUUGGAGGUGAGGUAUUUGAACAUCUGGAUGGUGACAUAGAUAGUUCUACAGAAAAGCAAGAAUCAGUCCAGCUGGCUGUGAGAACAGCAGAAAAACUCCUAAAAGAAUUGAAGCCUCAGACUGCUCAAGGACACGUUCAGCUUGGCAUCAUGGAAAAUUACUGUUUAAUGGCAACUAAACAAAAAUCAAAUGUUGAGCGAGCAUUACAGGCCUUUACAGAAAUUGUUACUAAUGAGAAGGAUCAUGUCCCAGCACUUUUGGGAAUGGCUACAGCAUACAUGAUUUUAAAGCAAACCCCAAGAGCCAGAAACCAGUUGAAACGAAUUUCAAAAAUGAACUGGAAUCCCAUUGAUGCCGAAGAGUUUGAAAAAAGUUGGCUAUUGCUUGCAGAUAUUUACAUCCAAUCUUCAAAAUAUGACAUGGCGAGUGAAUUACUAAAGCGAUGCCUUCGUCACAAUAGGUCCUGUUGCAAAGCUUAUGAAUAUAUGGGAUACAUUAUGGAAAAAGAGCAAGCUUACAGAGAUGCAGCUAUAAACUAUGAGAUGGCGUGGAAAUAUGGGAACCAAACCAAUCCAGCCAUUGGUUUCAAGCUAGCUUUUAAUUAUCUGAAAGCCAAGAGACAUAUUGAUGCUAUCACUAUUUGUCAUAAGGUUUUAGAAGCACAUCCAAAUUACCCGAAGAUAAAAAAAGAAAUACUUGAUAAAGCACGUGCCUGUUUAAGGACUUGAGCGUUGUUGAAUGCAUUUUAUGUUAAUUUGGAAGAUAAAAGGAGCUUUAAAGUCAUCUGUAAAAUUGAAGAUGCUGCACACCCAACUAGUUCCCAGUGAAAACCAGCAAAGACUACUUGUAGAUUUAUUUUAAAAACAGGCUGCUUUAGUAUUUAGGGUUCAGUAAAAACAAAAGAUCAUUGGUGUCUCACUUUCCUCCUGUAGAUACUGGCUGCAAUCCAGAUAAACUGAGUAAAAAGAAACAACAUGCACAGCUGGAACUUUCUUUGAAGAUCGCUCUGUGGCAGAGAAAUCUGUAGAGAGAACUUCCAGCUGUGUCUAUUGCUCUUUCUGCAUUGUAGAGGUGAUUUAUUUGGAGUGUAAUCAAUGUUUUGAAACAGGGUCUACUCUGAAUCCCCAGGAAUACCAGGAAAGGGAGAAAUAAAGUACUAUACUACAAUGUUAUAUUUGUAUCUCUCUAAUUUUAACUUUUGUUUUUGUAAGCUGUCAUUCUUCUUUGCUGGAAACCUUAAGCAAUAACCUAAUUCUUGUUUAAAUUUAUUUUACUAUAGCAAUACGACUUCAGUUUUGCAUGUUUGUGUGCAAUAUUGCAUAUAAAUAUGCAACAGUAUGAAGAAUAUGAUAUAAAAUGAAAGAUCUCUGUUCCAUGCUUUUCCUGAGGAUUUUUUUUCCAUGUUAACAGCUGUAUUUUCUGUUGUCCUUCCACAAUAUUCAGUCUCUCCAUCUUUUGGAAAGUGAAUCAAACUAAGAAAUAAAGCCUUUUCUAAAAUUAUCAUGGAGUUCUUAAACUUAAGGACAUAUUUGAACUUCAGUUGCCUACAUUUAAGCCCAACAUUUAAAUCAAAAACAAGGAUUAACAUCCAAAUUAUUAUCUAUAGCUUUGAGUCUAUAUACCCUGUUUCCCCCAAAAUAAGACAUCCCCUGAUAAUAAGCCCAAUCGGGCUUUUGAGCGCAUGGCGAUAAGGCCAUGCGCUUAUUUCAGGGUUCAAAAAGCUAUCGAGGUGUUGUCCCGGUGUCUGGAGGCCGUACGGGUCUGGAUGGGGAGAAACAGGCUCAAGCUCAAUCCCUCCAAGACGGAGUGGCUGUGGAUGCCGGCAUCCCGGUACAGUCAGCUGCAGCCGCGGCUGACUGUUGGGGGCGAGUCAUUGGCCCCAAUGGAGAGGGUGCGCAAUUUGGGCGUUCUCCUGGAUGGACGGCUGUCUUUUGAAGACCAUUUGACGGCCGUCUCCAGGAGAGCCUUUUACCAGGUUCGCCUGGUUCGCCAGUUGCGCCCCUUUCUAGACUGGGAUGCCUUGUGCACGGUCACUCAUGCUCUCGUAACAUCUCGGCUGGACUACUGCAAUGCUCUCUACAUGGGGCUCCCCUUGAGGAGCACCCGGAGACUCCAGGUAGUUCAGAAUGCAGCUGCGCGGGUGAUAGAGGGAGCCCCUCGUGGCUCCCAUGUAACACCUCUCCUGCGCAGACUGCACUGGCUGCCUGUGGUUUUCCGGGUGCGCUUCAAGGUUUUGGUAAUGAUCUUCAAAGUGCUCCAUGGCAUAGGGCCGGGUUAAUUACGGGACCGUCUGCUGCCACCGAAUGCCUCCCACCGACCCGUGCGCUCUCACAGAGAGGGACUCCUCAGGGUGCCGUCGGCCAGGCAGUGCCGACUGGCGACGCCCAGGGGAAGGGCCUUUUCGGUGGGGGCUCCCACCCUCUGGAACGAGCUUCCCCCAGGACUUCGUCAACUUCCUGACCUUCGGACCUUCCGCCGCGAGCUUAAGACACAUCUAUUCAUUUGCGCAGGACUGGACUAGGGUUUUAAAUUUUUAAAUGACUAAAUUUUAGCUUUGGUUUUAAAUUGGGUUUUAUUAUUUAUAUCUUAUUUUAAAUAUUUGGCCUUUAUAAUAAGUUUUUUAGAUGAAUGUUUUAUUUUGUAUAUUUGUGUGUUUUUAUAUGGCUGUACACCACCCUGAGUCCUUAGGGAGAUAGGGCGGUAUAGAAAUACGAAUAAAUAAAUAAAUAAAUAAAUAAAUAAAUAAAUAAAUAAAUAAAUAAAUAAAUAAAAUAAGACAGGGUCUUAUUUUCGGGGAAACACAGUAGUACUAUCUUUUUAUUAUCACUUCUGGUAAAGAUACAAGUGGCUCUCAUACUUGCUCUUAAUUGAUUCUUUGGGCUAUUGUGACAAGAAACUAUCAAGUGAUGUAUUGCCUACCUAGAUUUAGAAUUUCCAGAAAAGAUUAUUUCUGAGAAAUUUUGGUUUUACUGAUCCAAUGAAUGCCUAUGCUAUUUUGAAUUGAUUAUAAUCUAAAUAGGUAUAUGCAGCACACAAACCAUUUUUGUUGCUCUGUCUCAAAAACAUGUUCACAUAAUCUGCUUUCUUCCAACCAUUUGCUAAAUCAGCUGGAGGUAGAUAAUUUUUUAAAAGGAAUGGAUAGCCCCUUGGCCAGGCAUUUUUCCCAGUGUUUUAUUACUUUUUUUGUGGAAAAUCUGGCUGGGGUAAGAUUGCUUUUUUAAAAAAAGUAGUGUACAUUGCAAUGUUCCCUUUUGCCACAUUUGGAUUUUUUUAAAGGCUUACAUAUUAAAAUCA